UGUUUCGUAAAUCUGUAGUUGUCUGGAACCAUGUGCGUGAAUAUAACCAGUAAAACGACAGACAAUGCGCAACUGGCACAUAGGUUUGGCGCCCAAAGUUGGCCGGAACAGUUCUGUCGGUGUGGGUGGGGGGUUGGCUGGCGCUAAAAAAUUGCGCCUUUUCUCCAUAUGGUGGGAGGGGGGCGUGAUGGGGCAAGGCCCAAGAGCGUAGCUAUCAGAUAAUUGACUAUUAUCACUGAAUACUUUUGACAGUGACAUGCGGUUACAUUUAGGGUUGAGUUAAUCAGUGAACUGCUUCGUACAUUUCAACAUUUUUUUACAAUUCCCUUCCUCCUGUGUUCACGCAGGAAACACUGUGUACGACUUCGAAGAAUCUUCAGAUGGGGAGGAAGGAGGAAUGAGAAACACGGAGGGUUCUGUAGAAACAUACAACUGGCAGUAUUUCGGCGAUACGUGUGAAGAUGCGGAGAGUGCUCACGAGGAAAGUGAUGACGAAGACGAUUUAGAUGUGACUCCAGGCAAGAGGAAGAGGAAGAAAAGGGAAUGGAUCGUAGAAGAAGCAACCAUUUCACAAUUUCUCCACAAAUGCCUGAAGAGCCCGACUCCAUGCUGCCGGGACAGAUGUGUGACGAAAUUCACCCCCGAGAAGAUCAAAGCAUGUCGACAUGAUCUCUGGGACCGUCGGGACUUCGAGCAACGAGGCCAGUUCAUCUUAGACAGCCUCAAAUCGGCCGACAGGCGAGGAGAUGGGCAGGCAACGAUCAGCCACUUGAACUGCCAAGGACACAGAGUCUGCCAAAAGGCUUGGUACCUCCUCUACGGCGUAAGCCACGGCAGCUUCUACAAUUACGUCGGAAAGCUGAAGAAGGGACAGACCACAGCACACCACAACAGCACCGGCACGCUGCGUCGCACCCCGCAGUAUUUCCUGGCCCAUGCCUGGCUACGACACUUUGCCGACUUUUUUGGGGACAAGAUGCCUGAUAACAUCGCCAUCCACCUGCCUGCCAGCAUGACCAGGGAUGCGGUGUACGAAAGGUACAUGGAAAAAAUGGCCGAAACACACCAAAAGACCGUGGGGAAGAGCACCUUUAUGACCAUGUGGAGGGAGGAUUUAUCCGGUGUAAAAAUCCCCAAGACGAACCGAUUCAGCAAGUGUGACGUCUGUCAAGACCUCAGGAAAGCGGUCAGGGAGGCGGCGACCGCAGAGCGCAGGGAGCAAAUCAAGUCUGACUUACAACUCCACUUUAAGCAGCAGAAGCAAGAGCGCCAGGUCUACUGGGGGAAGGCGAUGUCGUCUCUCCAUGAUCCAACCGACAAGUUGUCCAUAAUAAUAGACGGAAUGGAUCAAAGCAAGACGGCCCUUCCCCACUUCAUGCAAGCAACUAAGGAAUCAGAGAAGUGGAAGUUGAGAACACAUAUCACCGGUGUUCUCGUACAUACACUGGGAGUUGGAUACGCCUUUAUCGACAACCUGCGGUGGCCUCACGACAGCAACCUAACCUGUACGGUGUUGCUGGCCACCUUGAGGAAAGUUGCAAAGAGCUACAACAACAGACUACCGGGCACACUCUACCUUCAAAUGGAUAAUUGUUGGAGGGAGUGCAAGAACCAGUACGUGUUUGCCUUCCUAGGAUUACUUGUGCUGAGAGGUAUAUUCAAGGAGGUGCAAGUUGGAUAUUUGCUUGUGGGACACACACACGAGGACGUUGAUCAGUUCUUCAGCAGGGUUGCUGAAAAACUCAGAAAACGAGACGCAACGACUGUUGAAGAACUGGUCGACGUCAUCGAAAAGUCCUUCCCCAACGUCGAGGGGGAGGAACUGGACGCAGUCUUGGAUGUAAAGGACUACAUGGGGGAUGUCUGCAACCAUUUGGAACAGCACAGCUGCCCACACCAGUACCGCUUCACAACGGGGCUUGAUAGCAAGCUGAUUGUUGAAUAUAAGAACUUCGGUGUAGAUGAGGAGUGGAAGUUACCCCGCCGAGACGAGGUACGCCUUGUCGAAAGGCUACCCCCUGCAGGCGCCAGACCAUCGCUUGUCAAGCCAAGAACUGAGCGGCUAGAGCUGAAACAGUUCGAGACUGGGGUGUCAACGCUGUGGCAGACCGGAAAGUUGACAUCUAGGCAGAAGGGGGCGCUUGACAGGUACAUCACCAAGCAGGCCCAGUCUCUGGAAGUGCAGGAGAGGCGGGAGGAGGACAUCCUUGACAUGCUGUGGCCUGAAAGGGACAUGGAGGCAUGGGCGACUGAAAGGCCAGUGCCGGCGCCAACCUUCAGCCAACAGGAGAGACAAAGAAUCGAAAGCCUGUACAAGAGUUUCAACAAGUCAAAGAAGACUAGCGAGCCAACGCUGAGAAGAAAGAGAAGGCCCAAGUCUAAGCCCUAGAUUACGCUGAGAAGACAGAGAAAGCCUAACAUCGUGAGCGUGACUAGUUGUUUUGAAUAGAUAACAGGUAGCUUUCCAUAUAUUACAUAGAAUAUUGCCCUGUAAAGUUCUGCUAAAUAGAUGGAGAAGAGUUAAUACAUCUGGGGAUGUUUACAGCCCAGUAUGUAAUUAUGUAACAAAGAUCAAGACUAUGUACAUAUGUUUAUUGAGUGUGGACGGUUAAAGGGAUACUGGGAUAGAAUAGCUGUACAUGUUAGCCAGCAUAAGAUUACGUUAGAUAUUUUGCUUUCUUCUUCAAACAUCUAUAUUACUCUAGCUAAAUGCAUUUUUUUCUGUUUUGGAUAAAACAUAAGGAUAACGCCAUACUUCUCAAACAUGACAACAUCGUACAAAUUUUGCAAACCUUGUGCGAUUGCUAUUGUUGAUACUUUCUAUUACACUGUACUGAUCUGCUUAAAUGUAAAAGACUGAAAUAUGUAUGUAACUGCUGUAACACGUUAGCCAUUGCACUCGAAACAGACUGAAUUAUGCUUAGCAUAUCUUCAACAUGUACAGCCCAGUCUUGGUCUUCUUCGACAGUUACAUCGUAUCCUUUUUUGACAAAUCUGUCAAUAUUUUAUUAGGUGAGUUUGUGUGUCAAUGUAUAAUUGGAAAGCUCCGAGGUCUCCCCUUGGCGGAGCUUCUGGGAACACAUGGUAGUAUUUUAGUAUUCUAAGUCGUAAACUUCGUAUGAUACUGUAGGUUGCUCUACCGAUACGUUUUGGUUUGUUAGUAUGUUCAAAUUGUGCACUAUGUUUAGCUUGUCACUGUACUUCUUAAGACGUAUGAGUAUAGGGCGGCUACCAUUGGUUUUCUUUUCGAUAAGUUUGUCUUAAGAAUACUUACUGGUGAUAUUAUAUGACAACGAUGAGCCAAUAAAUGCUCGACUUUACGUGUGACAGUGAGCUCACUACCCUAUAUCUGUGUGUAGUUGUCUGUUAAAUAGACGGAAACAUCUCUUCAGAGCUGGCGUAGAAGAGAAUAAUUCUGUCUAGAGAGAUCGUCGGACAUGUCUGAAUAGAGAUUAGACUUUCACCUAUCUGAUUUUUGCUCGUGACAGCUUUGUUGUGUGAACAAGUCAAACAGCCCAUUAUUCUCCUCAUUAAAGACACGUUUGACCGAUUGAAAUAGUCGUGUGAUAUAAGUAUUUACCGUUCGAUUGUUCACUAGCUUUUGUUCGUGAUAGAACCCAACAGUUUGAUUGCCCAUAAACAGCCCACUAUUCUCGCAUUUGACCGAUUAAAAUGGGCGUGUGAUAUUCCGCACCCCCGGGGUGUACGUGUGACACGCGCCCAGCCAAAACAAACAAGAUAUACUAAUUGGAGGGGCGGGGCACACCAGGGGGCACGUGGAUCAUGGAGGCAAGUGAAUUCGUUGGGCGUCCGUCUGCACAGAGAUAUUUUAUGAUGACUGUUGAUUCACAUGUUGCCGGGCUGCCACUUUCCCACGAUGGGACUU